UUGGCACGCAGCCCCAGCCGCCGCGAGGAGCACUUGGAGUGCCCAGUCUGCACGCGCGUGGAGCUGGGUGUGCAUCAUCAGUGCAGAGAGGGCCACGUCUUCUGCGCCGAAUGCGACGGCCAGCUGCCCUCGCGCGUAUGCCCGGUCUGCCGUGUGCCGCUUGGCGAGCUGCGGAAGGCGAUCCGCAGCCGAGAAAGGGAGCAGCACAUUGCGGCGCUGCCGGCCGAGUGUGCGCACUGCUCCAGCCCGCUGACACGCAGCGAGCUCGAGGAUCACGCCCGAAUCUGCCCUCGCCGCCCACGCUCCUGCAGCGGCGCAGAGGCGGGCUGCUCGUGGGUGGGC